CUUGCCAGCAGUCUACCUGUCAUCCUGUCUUGGUGUUCAUCAUCAAGUCCUCCUAUACAGAAACUCUCUUUCCAUGCUUGACCUUGAACAGUUGAACUCAUCUUUGCUUCAUGGUCCCUUAAUUGUUUUGGCUCUAUUAUAUCUUGGUCUUUCAAGAAAUUCAAGAUAAGAGUAGGAUAAGCAUGGAAGGAGAAAUAUCAAGCCCUUUACUUCUCAAAGAAAGGACUCAAAUACAUGGUGGUGGCAGUGGAGGGGAAGAGCAGAGAGGAGGUUCUUCAGCAACAACUAUGGUGGUGUUAAGUACCCUCGUAGCUGUGUCAGGUUCAUAUGUUUUCGGAUCAGCUAUAGGAUAUUCAUCACCUACUCAAUCUGGAAUCAUGGAAGACCUGGGUCUCUCUGUAGCAGAGUACUCACUUUUUGGUUCAAUAUUGACCAUUGGGGCAAUGAUAGGAGCAGUAAUGAGUGGGAGAAUAGCAGAUUAUAUCGGUCGAAGAGGUACAAUGGGCUUUUCAGAAAUAAUCUGCAUUAUAGGGUGGAUGCUAAUAACAUUCUCCAAGGCUUCUUGGUGGCUUGAUGUUGGAAGACUGCUUGUGGGAUAUGGGAUGGGCCUUCUUUCUUAUGUGAUUCCCAUAUACAUAGCUGAAAUUACUCCUAAGAAUCUUCGAGGAGGUUUUACGACAGUUCAUCAGUUGAUGAUAUGCUGUGGGGUGUCAAUUACAUAUCUCAUUGGAGCUUUCAUGUCCUGGCGAAGCUUAGCUCUAAUUGGAACUAUUCCAUGUAUUGUUCAGAUUGUUGGUCUAUUCUUCAUUCCAGAAUCUCCUAGAUGGUUGGCAAAGAUUGGGCAAGGUAAAGAAUGUGAAGUGGCUCUACAGUGCCUUAGAGGGCACAAUGCUGAUAUUUCUGAUGAAGCAGCUGAGAUUAGAGAUUACACAGAAACCAUUCUGCAGCUUUCGGAAGCUAGUAUAUUUGAAUUAUUCCAGUGGAAAUAUGCUCAUUCACUCAUCGUUGGAGUUGGCCUGAUGGUACUGCAACAAUUUGGAGGGGUCAAUGGCAUUGCAUUUUAUGCAAGUUCCAUAUUUAUAUCAGCAGGGUUCUCUGGCAGUAUCGGGAUGAUUGCAAUGGUUGUUGUUCAGAUUCCAAUGACAGCACUUGGAGUAGUUUUGAUGGAUAUAUCUGGACGACGUCCUCUUUUGAUGGUCUCUGCAGCAGGAACAUGCUUGGGUUGCUUUCUUGCAGCAUUAUCGUUUUUAUUGCAGUACCUUAAUAAAUCGGUGGCUGUCUCUCCAUUUCUUGCACUUUUUGGUGUGCUGAUUUAUACAGGAUCAUUCUCACUAGGUAUGGGAGGGAUUCCAUGGGUUAUUAUGUCUGAGGUCUUUCCUAUAAACACGAAGGGUUCAGCUGGAAGCCUAGUGACACUAGUUAGCUGGUUAGGUUCUUGGAUUAUAUCCUAUGCUUUCAACUUCUUGAUGGAUUGGAGUUCAGCAGGAACGUUCUUCAUAUUCUCAUGCAUAUGUGGCCUGACCGUCCUGUUUGUGGCAAAGCUGGUACCAGAGACCAAGGGGCGAACACUAGAAGAAAUACAAGCAUCAAUGAAUCCAUUAUCAGCGAAGAGAUAAAUCCUAUCAUUUCAGCAUAAGACACAUUACAAAAUAACAUGGAAGUGGCUUGGUUCUGCAUGUAAGACUAAACAUGCUAUCAAGAAUUUUGAUUCAAGUUCUUUUCUUUCUAAGAGGUGGAAUGGAAUAACCCGGUUGAAGUAUAGUGAUCAUACAUCUGUAAUGCUUGUAUGUCCGAUAUAGGUCUCAUUCUUCUACCAUUUCCAGGAGUCGAUGGCUAUUCAUAGCUAUCACUUUGAUACCAAAGAAGUAUUCGGCCUGAUGCUUUAUUUUUGUCCUAGUUGAUCCUAAUUCGACAUUAAAAGUCCUUUGUAAGAGUGACUGAUUAUCGUAAGAUCGAAUAAGGGGUACUGAAGUUGUGAUAGAAAAUAAGCUCAAUCUCUAAAAUCACACUAUCUAUUUUGAAUCA